AUGAGCUUUCCUUCUUUUCGUAAACCAAAAAAACCUACUUCACUGCGUAAGAAAUGGGAUGACGAUGAUGAUGAUAGCAGUGUUCCUGCAUCUGUGGCAGUUUCCAUGGUGGAUGAUGAGCCAGAAGAAAAACCUAUCAAGUCUCGUUCGACAAACAGUCGAUCUACUACUCAAAAACCCAAGCAGGCAGUGUCUAGCUUUGAUAAUGAAGAGGAUUAUAUUGACCCAAAAUUUCAAACAUUCAAGUUCAAAAAAGCCAAUCCUUUGACAAUUUCGUCAUCUCAAUCGGUAUUUGCCUCAAUCCCUUCAGCUUCAUCCGCUACUUUAAAUAAAUCGUCAGUAGAUUCCUUUCGAUCAGGGAAGGCUGGGUCAUAUACCCCCGAAAUUCUUGCUGAAAUGAAACGGCAACAAGCUGCAGUCGCUCGUCCAGUAAUUGAGUUUGAUCCCAAUGAUAUCAAAGAUCCUGGAUCUGGAAAGAAUCCAGAAAAUCAAAAAACAGUUAUUCCAGACGCAAAGCAAAUUCAUGCUGCUCGAUUGCUUAGAGAAAAGCGUCGUACUACUGCAUCAAUAUUACAGGAAACCACACCAUCUUAUAUUCCAUUGGAUGAAUCUACUGUGUCUAGACGAUACGGAGAAUCGCGGUUGCUGACUGAGGAUCAAGAGAUUGAUGGAGAGGAAGCAUUUGAAGACAAUCAGGGCAAUACCAUUGAAUUUGGUGCUCAAACAGCCAAGAAAGUAAAAGAGAACUUUAAACGAGCCAUGCAAGAUGAGAUUAUGAUGGCAGAUCAAGACAUAGAGGAUGACAGUGAGGUAAAGCAGUGGGAGUUACAGCAAAUCAGCAAGGGGCAUUGCAUGGAUCUUGAACUUGCUGAUAUGUCGGCCGUUCUCAAGAAACCACCCAUGUCAAAUGAUAUCCAGCAUGUUCCUGAAAUAGCGCCAAUUCCAUCAGUUCCAGAUAUUAUUUUCACCCUAGACAAGCAGAUUAUGGAACUUACAGAUCUCGCAAAUGAGCAUACGUUUCAGUUAAAUUCAUCGCUUGCAGAAAUUAAUGCAUCUGAACAAGCAAUCAUUAAAAUGGAUUUGGAGUUGAAGCUUUUGUCAGAACGAUACGAUUACUUUCAGCAACUAUUCACUUAUGUAAUUGAUUUGGAUGGAUUUCUUGACGCCAAGUUGACUACUUUAGAAGAACUUGAACAAGAUCUUCACUCAUGGAGAAUGGUACACGCAAAGGACGCUGUCAAGGCUGUUCAAACUAGACUGAAUGAGUUAUUUACAACAUUUUCCGGAAGCGACAGGACAGAUGCUGACAUGAAUGAAAAUCAGGAGCAUACACUUCCUACCCAAUCAGUGGAACAAAUCAUGGAUCAACACAGGACAUUGCUUGAUGAUGCCAAAAAACAGUAUCGAAAGCUAUCUGUAAUUAAAGAUCGCUUUCAAAUAUGGAAAUGCAAAUUUCCUAAAGAGUACGAUCAGGCUUAUGGAUCAUUGAGUCUUGUUGGAGCAUUUGCGUUACAUGUCAGAUUUGAGCACUUUGGAUGGGAGCCUUUCAAGGUACCUCUAAAUUUUGAAGAAACAAACUGGCACCAAGAGCUAUGUUCGUUUGGGAUCUCAGAUGAACGUUUGCUCGAUCCCGACGAGGCAGAUGCAAUGCUGGUGAGCAAAGUAAUGGAAAAAACGAUUAUUCCACAACUUGUAAUUGCAAUGGAUACAUUCGAUCCAUUUUCUGGUGAUCAAACCAAACUUUUUAUUCGUAUACUUGAUCAACUACUUGAUUAUACAGAGUGUUCAUCUACACCAUUCAAGAAUCUUGUGGAUGCUUUUUUACUGAGAUUUAAAACAGUUUUGGAUUCUGCAACACAGUACACCUGCAAUCCUUUGCAGCUUGUCAACGUGUCUAAUCGCCAAGCAGCUGUUUCUGCCAAACUGUCAUGGUUUAGUAUUUACAUUCAGUUGUUGUCAAACCUAAUAUCAUGCGAGAAACAUGUUGGGGCAGAGAGAAUUCAGUCGCUGGUUGUUACCAUUGGAAUUAACAAUGUGCUACUCAAGGCACUUGAUGGUUCACUGUCCUACGAAAAUGAUAUGGAGUUGUAUGAAAUGGCAAGUUUCUUACAAUGUAAUUGA